AUGGCCUCCAGUCUCUUCGAGCCUGCAGAUGCUUCGGCAGCCGCUCCGACGACCGAGCGCCGGACCAAGCUCUACCCCUACGACUCAGUCGCAGCGCAGCUCCUCGAACCGUUCGGAGAAAGCGCACUCGACUCCAUGUCCCUACAGCAACUGUGGAAAGCGGCUUCGGAUGGCAACAAGAAGGCCAGCUACCACAGCCUUCUGUGUGCCGACAAGGUCGCCGACAAGUGGCGCGUAGGAGCUGGGAUCUCCACCACAGCGGCCGCCUUGCAGGCUGCCAUCAAGCAUGUGGAAGGCUCGGACAUGGAGAAGCUUCUUCGUCCCGAGUUGUAUGCAAAGAUCAUCCAGGAGACAGAGCAGCUCAAGCCCAUUCUGGAUAUGCUCAACGUCGGUCGAGGCUCGCAGAAGCAGGACAGGGACACGGGGAGCUUUCGCGAGGCCAAGCGUCAGAAAACCACCGGGACAAGCUCCGUCCACGCCUACACGGAAGCCCAGGUGUUGGACGCCACGAAGAAAUUCCAUGCAUGGCUCUCCCAAGACAAGUCCGCCUUCCGCGGAGCUUUGUAUAUUCUUUCGGGUAGCAAUACGUAUUACACUGCUCACACAGCGGAGAUGGUAGCCCGAGCCUGCGUGCAUUGCAAGCCCUUGAGCCUCGAGGAGAUGUGCGAGUGCAUGAAAGCUCGUCUGACGAAGCCGGCCGCGUCGUGUGGCAAUGUAGAUGUUGAGUUGGAGACUCUCGGACUGCAUUGUAGCCUUGCAAUCACCAUGUGGAAGCUUAGAGCGCAUAGUGAAGCCAUCGAUUUGGCCAGCGACUCCGAGAUGGACAACAACGUCACGGAGCACUCCUCAAAGGCCUUCGAGAAGAAAACCCGCAAGACUGUGGCCCGCGUCAAGCAUGAGAGCACAGACCAUCAACGACUUCGCGUCAAGACCACGCCCAAGACAGGCAACAAACCGCCUCGUGUGGCCAAGAAGGUGAAGGAAUCGAAGCCAAGUGUGCCUGCGAAUGCCUGGCUGCAGGCCAAGUGGGCUCCGCACGAUGGCCACGGCAGCUGCCGAGGCUUGGACAUGCCAUGUGUGAUGGGCAUACGCGGGACUGCAGCACCAGCAGGACCUGGCGGACUCUGCGACCUGUGCAACCUGAACAACAUCACCUCCUUGCACCAGAACGGCAACGGCCGCCUCACACAUUUGUUGCUCCAGCUCACCGAAGCACAAGCUGACAUAGCGCUGGAUCGCAUCAAGAACAAGGACGAGGCCGUGGCCAAUGAACUUCGGCUGCGGAUGAUGCGGGCACGUCAGCGCAAGAACCCCAAUCGACCUCGUCGUGGACCUCGCAAAGCCAAAGGCAACUAG